CACCAGCACAGUGGAUGCUGCAGAUUCCAGCGUCUAGAGAAAAUCGUGAGGAUAGGACUUGGGGACGAGUGGAGCUACCUCCCCACAAUUAUUGCCAUUAUCCAGCUCAUUUCUAAGGAUUUCGGUUACUGCCAUUUCCGAGAGCUGUCUGAGGCCGAGAGGAAGCGUUUUUGAAGACUCAAAGAAAGAAUGGAGGCCGGCGUGCAGAAAAGGCAAGUCUUAUUUCUUUGUGUAUUUUUGGGUGUGUCCUGGGCUGGCGCGGAACCGCUUCGCUAUUUUGUGGCGGAGGAAACCGAGAGAGGCACGCUUCUGGCCAACCUUGCAAAUGACCUAGGCUUGGGGAUGGGGGAACUGUCAGCCCGAGGAUCUAGAAUCGUUUCAGACCGGAACAUGCCAUUUUUACUACUCAGUCCGCUUACUGGGGAUUUAAUACUAAAUGAGAAAUUGGACCGAGAGGAACUGUGCGGCCCCACGGAUCCCUGUGUGCUGCCUUUCCAGUUAUUACUGGAAAAGCCUUUUCAGAUUUUCCGCGCUGAACUAUGGGUCAGAGACAUCAACGAUCAUUCUCCAGUAUUUCUAGAUAGAGAAAUUCCCUUGAAAAUAUUAGAAAGUACCACUCCGGGGGAGGCAUUUCUCCUAGAACGUGCACAGGACUCAGAUGUUGGAGUCAACGGCCUGAGUAACUACACCAUCAGCCCGAAUGCCUAUUUCCAUAUUAACGUCCAUGAUAGUGGUGAGGGGACUGUCUAUCCCGAACUGAUACUGGAUGAAGUGCUGGACCGCGAGGAAGUGCCUGAGCUCAGUUUAGUCCUCACAGCCUUGGAUGGUGGCUCUCCGCCAAGGUCAGGGACCGCCCUGGUACGCAUCCUUGUCCUGGACAUUAAUGACAACGCCCCUAAAUUUGUGCAGCCGGUCUACAAGGUGGAAGUGCCCGAGAACAGCCCCAUCGGCUCUCUGGUUGUCGCUGUGUCUGCUAGUGACUUAGAUGCCGGAAGCAACGGAGAAAUAGUUUAUGCAUUUUUUUAUGCCACUGAAAGAAUUCUCAAAACGUUUCAAAUCGAUUCAGCAUCUGGCGAUCUUUAUCUUAGAGCCGAGUUGGACUAUGAGGCAAUUCAAACUUAUACAUUAACUAUUCAGGCCAAAGACGGCGGAGGGCUUUCUGGGAAAUGUACGGUGGUGGUCCAGGUAACAGAUACAAAUGAUAACCCACCGGAACUGCUCAUGUCAUCACUUACUAGCCCAAUAGCAGAAAACUCACCCGAGACAGUCGUUGCUGUUUUUAGGAUUAGGGACAGAGAUUCAGGGAACAAUGGAAAAAUGGUGUGCACCAUCCGGGACGAUCUCCCCUUUCUCCUGAAGCCAUCGGUUGAGAAUUUCUACACUUUGGUAACAGAGAAAUCUUUGGACAGAGAGUGGAACGCUGACUACAACGUCACAAUCACUGUCACCGACUUGGGGUCCCCCAGGCUGAAAACUGAGCACAGCAUAAGAGUGCUGGUCUCCGACGUCAAUGACAACGCUCCAACUUUCACACAAACCUCCUACACCCUGUUCAUCCGCGAGAAUAGCAGCCCCGCCCUCCACAUGGGCAGCGUCAGCGCCACAGACAGAGACUCAGGCUCCAACGCCCAAGUCACCUACUCGCUGCUGCCGCCCCAGGACCCGCACCUCCCCCUCGCCUCCUUGGUCUCCAUCAACGCGGACAACGGACACCUCUUUGCCCUCAGGUCGCUGGAUUAUGAGGCCCUGCGAGCCUUCGAGUUCCGCGUGGGCGCGAUAGACGCAGGUUCCCCCGCGCUGAGCAGCGAGGCGCUGGUGCGCGUGGAGGUCGUGGACGAAAACGACAACUCGCCCUUCGUGCUGUACCCGCUGCAGAACGACUCUGCGCCCUGCACAGAGCUGGUGCCCAGGGCUGCCGAGGCGGGCUACCUGGUGACCAAGGUGGUGGCAGUGGACAGCGACUCGGGUCAGAACGCCUGGCUGUCCUACCAGCUGCUCAAGGCCACUGAGCCCGGGCUGUUCAGCGUGUGGGCGCACAAUGGAGAGGUGCGCACAGCCAGACUGCUGAGCGAGCGCGACGCCGCCAAGCACAGACUCAUCGUGCUGGUCAAGGACAAUGGCGAGCUGCCAAUGUCGGCCAGCGUCACGCUGCACGUGCUCCUGGUGGAUGGGUUCUCGCAGCCCUACCUGCCGCUCCCAGAGGCGGCCCUGGCUGAGGCUCAGGCCGACUCGCUCACGAUCUACUUGGUCAUUGCGUUGGCGUCGGUCUCGUCGCUCUUCUUGUUUUCCGUGCUCUCGUUCGUCGCUGUGCGGCUGUGCAGGAGGAACAGGGCUCCCCCGGUGAGUCGCUGCUUGGUGCCUGAGGGCCACUUUCCAGACCACUUGGUGGACAUCAGCGGUACUGGGACUUUGUCCCAGACCUACCAGUACCAGGUGUGUCUGACAGGAGGUUCUGGGACCAGUGAGUUCAAAUUCCUGAAACCAAUUAUCCGGAAUCUUCCACCUCAGAGCACUGAGAGAGAAGUGGAAGAAAAUCUCUCAUUUCGGAAUAAUUUGGGUUUUUGAUAAGGAGUGAAAAAUAAGUGAUAUUGUGUCUGUGAAUACAUUCCUAGUAAGAAAUUUAUUCCGAGACACCUGUAAAAAAAAAAAAAAAAAGUGCUUUCACAUUAUUUCAGUACUCUGAAAGUCAAAGAAUAAUUUUCUUUACACAGAAAGGGAUCCAGCUUCAGCGCUAAAAAGCCCUCCACAAAGCAUGGGAUUUACGUGUGUCAUAUUUAAUCUUAAACAAUUAUGCUUACUGCCCAGUGUAGUACAUAAUAAAUCUGUUUGGAGAUGCUUUAAAUUCCUUUUUAUUGUCUUCCAUCUUCAUUGCUAUUUUCAUUUUCUGAGUUGAUUAGAGUGCUGAACGAGUAUGCAUACACCAAAUUUCGAAAGCACAGAUUUUAGAGUUUUUAAGCUUUAAUACUUUUAGCAUUUACUCUGUAUCAUACAUCAUUUUAAUACUUUUAAUAUCAGAAGUAAAUCCACAAGGAGACAUGUUUUAUAAAUGAGGAAAUGAGUGUUCACAGAGGUUCAGUAAGUUCACCAAUUAAUAAGUGGCAAAGCUAAGCAUCUGUCCGAUCUGUGAUCUGUGAGCAUCUCUCUGGUCUGUCUGACUCUGUCAGUUUCCUUGUCACCAUGCCUUACUGAUUUCUGUCAUUAUAAUUUAGCAUUUGCCAAAUUUCCUUCCUGAUUAAGGAGAAGAAAUCUUUCUCUCAUAUUUGUACUCCUGUUUAGAGGUUUACAGAUUUUAGACAUAAUAAUGCCUAUGGUUUGUAUUUUCUUAAAGACCAAUGGCCCAGCUUUUCUGGAUCAAUUAAUUAUUAUCAAUGCCCUAAUUCAACCAAAUUCCAAGUUUAAAAAAAAAUCAACCUGUGCUUUCUGCUUGUUACCUGAAUAGCUACAUUUCAUUUCACAGAAAAGAUGAGUGGUCAUGAAUAGGAUCAUUACAAAAUUUUGACUACAUCAUCAGCUUAUAUAUUUUCCUCACAUUUCAGUAAUUUUUCUACAGUAUUCCCUACCUACUUUUGUGAUUUUUCUAGCUGUAAUUGAAAAGUUUAUUUUAAAUGAGUUUCCCCACUCCAUAUAUUAUAGUGCUGCAUCAGGGAAUUAUAAGAAAUAGAAUAGUUUUAGAUACAUAAUAUUAAAGAAAAACAAAUGAUUCCUAAGUUAAUUACAGA